GACUGAUGAGAUGGCCCGUCAAUGUGGUGUCACUGUGCUGCGGUUACCGCCCUACCACUGUGAACUGAACCCAAGCUCAUCUGGGCUCAAGUGAAGUGUUAUAUUGCGAUCCGUCAACGUCAGGUAGUCAGAGUCGUAUUUUGUUUUGUUUUUUUGUACGCUACAGAUUCAUUUUGUACUUGCUAACAGCUCUUUCAUAUAGAAAAGUUUAGUUGCAUGCAAAAAACAAAACGCUAGGAAUAAGUUCUACUAGAUUUACACCCGAUUCAUUAUUGCCAACGUUGCAGACUAACACAAAAAUGUCACUUGCUGAUCUGCUGUUCACCUCAGUAGACGUCAGACCAUGAUGGAUACUCGUGAAAUAUGUUUACAUCAAUCUAUAACCACACAAACCACCGGACUUAGGACAUUUGCAUCUAUUGUUUAAGCUGACAGCCAGGUGAGCUGCGAAGUCAGGCCAGGCGAUAUUUGUAAACAAUUUGGUGAUGAAGACAAUUUAAAUUAAGAAAGUUCCGUUGUUCCGUACGACAAAUAAAUAUGUAUGCCUUUCGUCGAAUACAGAAGGUCAAUCCAAACUUAGUCAGAUCGCUGACAGACCGUGCCACUUUAGAACAAAUCAUCAGGGUAGAUCAUGCUGGAGAAUUGGGUGCUGAUAGAAUAUAUGCCGGUCAAAUGGCAAUUCUAGGGACCACAUCCAAGGGUCCCGUUAUAAGGCAUAUGUGGGAACAAGAAAAACAUCAUAAGGCGACUUUUGAAAAACUCAUACAGAAGUACAGGGUUCGACCAACUGUCUUGACACCCAUUUGGAAUGUAGCAGGGUUUGCCUUAGGAGCCACUACAGCUCUUUUGGGAGAAAAAGCAGCAAUGGCUUGCACAGUCGCUGUUGAGACAGUCAUUGUAGAGCACUAUAAUGACCAACUGAGAACACUUCUAGAAGACCCUGAAGCUAAUAAAGAAUUAAUGGAAACUAUCACAAAAUUUAGAGAUGAAGAGCAGGAACAUCAUGAUACUGGCAUUGACCAUGGGGCUGAACAAACACCUUUUUAUGAAGUAUUGUCAAAUGUAAUUAAAUUUGGAUGUAAAGGUGCCAUAGAAAUUUCAAAGAUUAUAUGAGAAAGUAGUGUGGUUAUUAUUAGGACUCAACAUACCAACACUUGAUACACACCUAUUUCUACCAUAGCCAGACAAAUGACUCAGUGGUAGAAAAUAUGUGUACUUGCCAUAACAAGUAUAAGUCAAAAUAAAUGGAAUACAAAUAGAAUAUUAAUUUUACAUAAUUAAUUGGAAACAUUAUGAAGUCAAAAGCAAUAAGAUGAAAUGCUCAUUUACAACCUGCCUUUUGAUCAGUGACUGGUAUGUUUAGUGUUAAAUAAUUUUAUAUAAUAUACCUAUUUUUCUUAGAAUUGGAUUGUAUGUGAUGAAAUAUUACAGUAUUAAGUAAAUGGUUUGUUUCUGUGCUGAUUUAUCACUCCCUGAAAUUCACACUUGUGUUCCAGAUAGGCAUUAUAAAGCAAAAGUUUUGUACAACAGUAAAAAGAGGAAAUAGAAUAAAGUGAAUAUAAUUUUAC